ACAUAAUAUGGCUUUCCUCCGCUGAAAUCGGUAAAUUUGGAUGCAAAAACUCUUUUGCUGUUGCUAUUUUAUUAAGCCAUUUCAUCUCUGCUGGGCUGGAUUCUGCAAUUUAAUGAAUCUCUUGCCAAAGUCUAGCUGCAACUUUCCAUGGCUGCCACCACUACUCUGAUCGCCCAGGUUUUGCUCGUUGUGCUAUUCUUCCUUGCUUACCUCUCUGCUGUACAUGGCAGACUUGAUCAAGAUUACAAAGAUCAACUCCUAAGCUCAGCCCAGCAGGACAAAGAUUGGUUGGUUUCUGUCAGGAGGCAAAUCCAUGAAAAUCCCGAACUCCGCUUCCAAGAGCACGAUACUUGUGCUCUUAUCCGCCAACAACUCGAGCAAUUUGGCAUCCCUUAUUCAUACCCAUUUGCCAAGACAGGUAUUGUAGCUCAAAUUGGCUCCGGUACUAAGCCUGUCGUUGCUCUUCGUGCUGAUAUGGAUGCUCUCCCGAUUCAGGAGCUUGUGGAAUGGGAGCAUAAGAGCAAAAUAGAUGGCAAAAUGCACGCGUGCGGGCACGAUGCUCAUACUACCAUGCUUCUUGGUGCUGCCAAGUUGCUUAAUGAACGCAAAGAUAGGCUUAAGGGAACUGUCCGACUACUUUUCCAACCUGCAGAGGAGGGGGGUGCUGGUGCAUUUCACAUGAUAAAGGACGGAGCUUUAGGUGAUGCUGAAGCAAUAUUUGGAAUGCAUGUUGAUGAUGAAAAACCCACAGGAAGCAUAGCAUUGGUUCCAGGGCCACUCUCAGCUGCUACAUGCAUCUUUGAAGCCAAAAUAGAAGGAGUUGGUGGGCAUGCUACAGUGCCUCAUUCUACUGUAGAUCCAAUACUAGCUGCAUCCUUUGCAAUUUUAGCAUUGCAACAGCUAACCUCUAGAGAAGCUGAUCCUCUCCACAGUCAAGUGUUGUCUGUUACUUUUAUCAGAGGUGGAUCUGCCUUCAACGUGAUUCCACCAUAUGUGGAAUUUGGGGGCACUUUGAGGAGUCUCACCACCGAAGGCUUGCAUAAUCUCCGACAGAGGUUGAAAGAGGUCAUAAAAGGACAAGCAGCCGUACACAAAUGUGAUGCUUCUAUAGACAUGAAAGAAGAUUACCUGCCCUAUCCUGCUGUUGUAAAUGAUGAUAGCUUGCAUCAACAUGUUCAGAAGGUUGGCCGCCUUUUGCUUGGUCCUGAGAAUGUCAAGAGAGGCAACAAGGCUAUGGUAGGAGAGGACUUUGCCUUUUAUCAAGAAAUAAUCCCUGGAUUUAUGCUAAGCAUUGGAAUUAGAAAUGAGGAAGUCGGCUCAAUUCAUCCACCACACUCCCCUUACUUCCGUAUCGACGAGGAUAUCCUUCCAAUUGGGGCAGCCUUAAAUACUGCUCUGGCAGAACUAUACCUGAAAGAGCACGAACAUUCUAUUUUACAUCAAACAUUUUAAGGGCUUCAAAAGUAUUGAUAAAUUCCUUUAUGCUGAUAGAUUGAACUUGUCCAUAUAUGCAGUCAAAGGAAGUCCAACUUUCCAUUUGUAUACUUUUCUUUGCGGUAGCACAUUUUGAAUAGCUACUGCAUUUGCAAAAGUUUCUCUUUGAAGUCCUUUCCAUUCAGCAUAGACAAUGAAUAGGAUUAUGUACUUGAUAGUAACUUGUUAGAGAUUAAUGUUUGGGAAAUGGGUAGCCGCUUCAUUUUCUGUUUUAGCACCUGCUCCCUACAACUCCCUAUGCCCCAACCCUCGAAUGAAUCCAUUUACUGGAUUACAGUAACAAUCGUCUGGUAUGUACAAAAUGCAGCUGAUUAAACACAAUUUUUUUUACUGUAUUAGUUGAUUGCAGUCAACCAGGCAGCUUGUAAGAAAAUCACUACUAGGAGAGUGUGACUGUGUUGUGGAAAAGGCUACAUCAGGGGCCACAGAUUAUCCCACUUUCGCGUUUGCUUGGUUUGGUCUGUUGCACUCUUUAGACUCUCACAACCACCUAAAAUGCAUCCCCUCCUCCACUUCUGCCUUUUUCAUUUCCCUUGGCCAAAGUAGGUAUUUUCUGGUCAAAUCUUUAACGACAAUAACUAACGCAUCACAUGGAUCAUGAGAGGAAAAGGCUUCCUUUGAACAAUCAUGGUAGGUUUCUUCUUGUUUUAACUGUCUAUU